UUAACGUCCCUGCUAAUUAACUUGACCGCUAAUUGUAUGUCGUCCUAGGUGUUUGCGUGGGGCUACAACAACUGUGGUCAGGUGGGUUCAGGGUCCACCGCCAACCAGCCCACACCCCGCAAGGUGUCCAACUGUCUGCAGAGCAAAGUGAUGGUCAGUAUAGCCUGUGGACAGACUUCAUCCAUGGCUGUGGCGGAUAAUGGCGAGGUUUAUGGCUGGGGUUACAAUGGUAACGGCCAGCUAGGGUUAGGCAACAAUGGGAACCAGCUGACACCGUGCCGUUUGAUUGCGCUACAAGGCUUCUGUGUGGUGCAGAUUGCAUCAGGUUACGCUCAUUCUCUAGCACUGACCGAUGAGGGGCUACUGUAUGCAUGGGGGGCCAACACUUACGGCCAGCUGGGCACCGGCAACAAGAGCAACCAGCUCAGCCCUGUACAGGUCAUGGCUGAGAAAGAAAG